CACUCACACACACUCACACACACUCCCUCACUCCUGACAGGCAUCCUUCAAGAGAAUCAGAGAAUCAAGUUUCACGGCGAUACAGAGAUUCACACUCACACACACUUUGUCUCGCACACACACACACACUCUCUCUCCCAGGACAGGAUGCUCUACCUGUUGCUGAUGAUGAUGACGACGGCGGCGAUGGUAUCCUGCACUACAGCAGAUGCUCCCGUCAUCUCGUGGCGUGGGUCGCCCACAGGCCCGGAGGUCGUGACGACAUCAUCAUCCCGGCUCGAGCUCAGUUGUCGUGGCAACGGGCCGGUCGAGUGGCAGCUGAAGCCCAGCUACGCUAGGAAGUAUGUCAAGCAAGGGGGCGGGGCCAGGCUGCUGAUCCGCAUUCCGAAGGCGGGGCCGGAACACACCGGAACCUACAGAUGUGGAUACUCCAACAGCAGCCUCCACUCCACCACACACAUCUACGUCAAGGAUCCCGCUGUGGUGUUUCACGUCUCUGGUGGCUCUCUGCGUCCGGUGCGUAAAGAGGGAGAGUCAGUUCUACUUCCUUGUUUGGUGACUGACCCCGCCCUCUCCCCCUACGUCACUCUACGAUUGGCCAACCUGUCGGCCCCGCCUCCUGACCUCAACUUCACCUUUGACCCCCACAGGGGGGUGGAGCUACUACAGCUAGGCCCCGCCCACACUGGUGAUUACGUCUGCGCCACGCUGUCUGGUCCUCGGGGGGAGACGUACUCCAGCACAUUCAGACUCAAUGUCAUACCAUUGCUGCGGGCUCCUCCGUACGUGUAUCUUCAGCAGUCGGAGUUCAUUCGGAUAAAAGGGGAGGAGCUUAGAAUCAGCUGCAAGACACACAACCCCAACUUCAACUACAAUGUGACGUGGAUACACACAUCUAAACACGCGGUGGUCUUGGAGCGGAGCCCAAAUGGGCAGGUGGGUACUCGUCUGGACAUCGAAAGCACGUUGAGCAUCGCCGCGGUAACCCCUGAUGAUGACGGCAAUUACACCUGCGUGGGGAGCAACGAGGCGGGAACCAACAGCACACACACCAGGCUGCACGUCAUAGACGAGGCGUUUGUGCGUCUGCGUGCGGCGUCUCCGAGCAUCCUGAUUGGACGUGAAGGAGGGCUGCUGGAGGUGACGGAAGGGGAGGACGUGACGGUUACCGUGGAGAUAGAAGCCUACCCAGCGCCCAACACACACACCUGGAGCACGCCCGCACACACACACACACACACACACACACGCAACAACACACACACACACCCUCCCCUACAGCGAUAUUACCAACACGGGCCGUACAGGUGGGAGGCAUCUCUACAUAUAAACCGUGUGAACUAUGAAGAGCAGGGAGUGUACACACUCACUGUUGACAACGCCCAGGCCAACGCAACGCUCAACUUUACACUGAUCACCUACCAGCGUCCGGUAGCGGUGGUGCGUCGUGACAACGCGAGUGUGUUAACGUGUGUGUCGGAGGGAUAUCCUGCACCCAGCAUCACCUGGUACCAAUGCCACGGCAUCCGACCCACAUGUGUGGAGAACAGCACAGACACAGAUGACAUAUCAGAGCUGGGGGCGGGGCUUGUGGAGCAGGAAGAGGGGGAGUUUGGGGUGUUGGUGCAGAGCAGCCUUCCCAUUGGCCAGCUGGUGCAGAGCCGGCCUCUGAUUGGCCAAGCUGAAGAACGAAUCACGCUGGAGUGUGUAGCAGCCAAUCACAUGGGCCGACACAGCGCAGUCUUUGCCAUGGAGCUCUCAGAUAAGCGUUUCUCCUCGUACCUGAUUGGUGGAUCAGGAGUGGUGGCCUUCCUCAUCAUCAUCCUCCUCAUCCUCCUCUACAAAUACAAACAGAAGCCGCGCUAUGAGAUCCGCUGGAAGAUCGUGGAGGGUUGCUAUGGCAACAACUACACUUUCAUUGACCCCUCUCAGCUGCCGUACAGCGACGACAAGUGGGAAUUCCCCCGAGACAAACUCCGACUGGGUAAGACGCUGGGUGCGGGUGCGUUCGGUCGUGUCGUCGAGGCAACAGCGUACGGUCUGGGGACCGAGGACAACGUCACACGAGUAGCAGUCAAGAUGCUGAAGGCGAGUGCCCAUUCUGAUGAGAGGGAGGCCCUGAUGUGUGAACUGAAGAUCCUGAGCCACCUGGGACAGCACAAGAACAUCGUCAACCUACUGGGGGCCUGCACACACGGAGGUCCUGUCCUGGUCAUCACUGAGUACUGUUGUCAUGGUGAUCUGUUGAACUUCCUGCGUUCCAAAGCUGAGAGUCUGCUGAACACAGUGAUGUCACAUCCUCCCAUUGUGACAUCACUUCCUCCCGUUACUAUGGAAACCAGCGACUACAAGAAUCUGCUCGGAGGACACAAGUUCAUGAGGAGUGAUAGUGGUAUUUCCAGCACUUGUUCUGCAUCUGACAGCUACCUGGACAUGAGGCCUGUGCACCAACACACACACUCUCCUGCAGGGGUGUGCGUUCAGGAGGAGUGUGAGUCCUGGCCAGUGGACAUGGACGAUCUGCUGCUCUUCUCACUGCAGGUUGCCCAGGGGCUCGAAUUCCUCGCCAACCAGAACUGCAUCCACAGGGACGUGGCGGCCCGUAACGUGUUGCUAAGCGACGGGCGCGUUGCUAAGAUCUGCGACUUCGGAUUGGCCAGAGACAUCAUGAACGACUCUAACUACGUUGUCAAGGGCAACGCGCGUCUGCCAGUGAAGUGGAUGGCUCCGGAGAGUAUCUUUGAGUGUGUGUACACCGUGCAGAGCGACGUGUGGAGCUACGGAAUACUACUGUGGGAGAUCUUUACACUGGGUAAGAGUCCCUACCCCAAUGUGUUGGUGGAUUCCAAGUUCUACAAGAUGAUCAAGACGGGAUACCACAUGACCAGACCUGACUACGCACCGCCUGAGAUCUACUCUCUGAUGAAGAUGUGCUGGACUCUGGAGCCGACGGAACGCCCGACAUUCAGCAAGAUCAGCAGCCUGAUACAGAGACUGCUGGGAGACACACACACACAGGGAACCUAUCAGAAUGCUGGCGCGCAGGUGGAGGAAGAGGAGGAGCCAGACAGAUCAUGUGACCAGAAGGAGGAGGAGCCUGAGAUAUCAUGUGACCAGGCCAAGGAGUCAUGUGACCAAGUGGAGGAGGAAGAGGAGCAGCCACUGAUGAAGAACAACAACUACCAGUUCUGCUGAGAACACACACACACACACACAUUACACACA